AUGUUGGGAUAGAUCAUCUGAAGGUUCACAACCUCUCUGGUCCGUAGGAGGUGCUAUGAGGAGGGUCCAGAGGCAAAUUUGCAAUUUUCAGUGAAAAAAAAAUGGCAGUUAUUACUUAUGAUGACUUUGUACUUUGGAUCUGAAUUUGUUGCACCUUUCAUCAUACUGAGAUGCCAGUUGAUUAAGAUAUAA